AUGGCAAAUUCUGAACGAGGUGGAACGAUUAGAGACUAUAUUGAAGCUCGUAAAAAAGUUUCCGAUUUUGAACUUAUCAAAUAUCGCAAAAAAUUGGACGAAGAAAGAGAAGCAAAAUUGAAAUAUGCUUCAUCCACCAACAAAAAGAAAAAGAAACAUAGUCGCCAGGAACGUUCCUCAUCAGAUUCUGAUCAUAAAGGACGCGAUGAUCACCAUAAAAAACAUCAUGGCCAUCACAGUCAUUCGCAUAAG